CAGCGACCCCACGUCAGGAAGUAUAAAUAACUGCUUUUCACAGACACAGUGUCUGUUUACAUUUCACGGUGACGGACUGGAUUCUGCAGGCCGGAAGACGAGCCUGACCUGCGACUGGCAAUGGACUACAUGAGCAACGCCUCCAACAGCUACAGCUCUGGAGACACCAUGAGCUCCACCUUAGCCAACAUGACCAUCAACGACCAGCACCACCAGGAGAACGGCGUCCAGUUGGGACACAUGAAAGAGACUGAAGCAGCUCUCACUGAGAACGGAGUGAAAUCUGUGUCUGAGCUCUCUCAGGCAGAGAGGAGCCAAGGUGACGACACGGUGCAACCCGUGGACACGUCUGCAGAGACAGCAAAGGUUGAGGCUGAGCUCUCAGGAGUAGAGAGCGCCACAUGUGAAGAUGAGGGGCAGCUUGCAUCAUUCUUGGAAAAGAGUGGGGCAGCAGGAGGAGCAGCUCCAACAGCUCAAGCAAAGAUGGAUAAUGGCUCUGCAGAUAAGACUCAAACUGCCACCACACCAUCCUCUUCCCUUAAAAGACCAUCCAUAGUCACCAAGGGCAACAAAACACACGCUUCCUCCCGAAACGGCCCCAGCUCCAUCCCCAUUAAAGCCAGCAGCACAGGGCCCAGGCAGGCCGGAAGUGGAGCAAAACAAACUCCUGGAGCCAAAACUGCAGCAAAAACUGGAGCUACACCAGCUAGUGCCAAGAAACCUCCCACUCCAAAAAAUGAAAAAGAUGGCAAGAGUGGACAGAGCAGCCCUGGUACUCCCAAGUCUCCUUCCAGCCAAGCACUUUCUGCAAAGGCAGCGGCAGAGGCCAACAAAGUAAAGAAGGUGGCAGUGGUGCGUUCCACACCCAAAUCCCCGGGCUCCCUGAAGAGCCGCACCGCUCCUCUGUCUGCGGCAGCAGCACCCAUGCCAGACCUGAAGACCGUCAGGUCCAAAAUUGGCUCCACAGACAACAUCAAACACCAGCCUGGAGGGGGAAAGGUCCAAAUCCUGGACAAGAAGCUGGAUUUGACUAAUGUCCAAUCUCGCUGUGGCUCUAAAGACAACAUUAAACACACGCCUGGAGGAGGAAAGGUUCAAAUUCUUGAUAAGAAGUUGGACUUAAGCAAUGUGCAGUCCCGCUGUGGCUCCAAAGAUAAUAUAAAACAUGUACCCGGUGGUGGCAAUGUUCAAAUUGUGCACAAAAAGAUCGACCUGAGCAACGUUCAGUCAAAGUGUGGAUCUAAAGAUAAUAUUCGUCAUAAACCAGGUGGUGGAAAUAUUGAGAUCAAAAAUGAGAAGCUGGAGUUUAAAGUCCAGUCUAAGAUCGGCUCGCUGGACAACAUCGGCCACGUUCCAGGAGGAGGACAGAAAAGGAUUGAGAGCCAUAAACUGACCUUCCGCGAGACAGCCAAGGCCCGCACUGACCACGGCGCUGAGAUCGUCUCUUUGGAAGACUCCCCCCACCAGCUCAGCACCGUGUCCUCCUCCGGCAGCAUCAACAUGGCCGACUCCCCGCAGCUCUCCACGCUGGCCGACCAGGUGUCCGCCUCCCUGGCCAAACAAGGCUUGUGAAUGCACCUCCUCCUCCUCUUCCUCCUCCUCCUCCAUCCUUCACCUCCACCUCCACCACACAACCACGUUAGAGGAGUUGUGAUGCCUUCCUCAUUAUGUUCACAGGACUUUUUUAGCUACCCAUCACUGUUUAUCCUUCACUAACUGUUCUUAAAAGAAAAAACAGGUUAACAUAGGCCAACAUGUAUUAAUUUUCUCUCUGUGGUCUUUAUUUGCUCUUUAUACCUUUUGUAAGUUCCCUUUAAGAGUCAAAGCACCCCAGCAGAGCCAAAUUCUCCCUGUGAAUCCGACUAAAUCUCUUCAUGGUGAAUCAUUCAACACCUGGUUUCCUGUCAGCUUCGACUGUGAACCCUUUAGGAAGUUUCCCCUUCGAUGGGUGUCCACUUUUUUCUUUUUUUUUUCAGCUAGAUCUUGUAAAAUGGAGGGAAAACAGACUGUUAGGUGCCAGUUUGUGCUCAAGCUAAAGAAGGAACAGUUACAGGGUACGGUGAGGGAAACUGUUAACAGAAAAGUAGCAACUUUUUUUUCGUCAAGGCAGAAAAUAAUGCUUUCAGACCUCGCUGCUGUCUUCGCUUCGUGUAGUCCCGACAUGUGCUGCACCGCCGGGGUGCAACCAGGAUUUAAAAAAGAAAAAAAAAAACAGAACGGCUAGAGUAGAAACUUCGGUUUGUGUUGGGCACAGUUUUAUAAUCGUACUCUGUGGAUAUAUGACAUGUAUUUGAUAUGAAGAAACAUUUGUAUUGUGCCUGCUACUGUCAGUGUUAUUUUCUUUUCUUUUUUUGUUACUGCUCUACUGUAAAUGCGCUUCAGCUUCGACGUGUGAGGAGGAACCUUUAAAGUUUAUGGCCAAAUUAUGACAAAGGAAGCUCAUCACUGAAUACAGUAUUUAAACUGCUUCAUGCACAUUAAAGGUACGUAGGAUAAUGAUUUCAACUUUUAGACAACGAAUCUUAAAGCGAGACUACGUAACUUCUGCUAAACAGAGGCCUCUACAUGGAAAAUAGUCAGAUGUUGCUAUAUGCUAAGCUAACAACACAAAGUUCUCCAGUUAGGAGGCAAAUUAAAGGUAUAAUACGCCACUUUUGAUCCAGAAGAUGAGGCACUUUUGUGCCAGAUCAGACUACACAAAUUCAGUCAGAUCUACUGGAUUGUGUUGUCGCCGGUUGUUGAAUAUCAGCCUGAAUAUGAACAUCAGAAAUGACAAAAGCUCUUAAAAAUGCAUCCAAACAUGUCAUGACCACAAGUGUACCACACUGGCAUCUAAGAGUUGACGUCAACGACAGUAUCCCAACGCUCACCAAUAGGAUAGCACGACACAUAAAGGUAUUUAGCUACCUAACUGGGCUAAUUUUCCUGACAGAAAUCUUAAAAAAAUAGGUCUAAUGCUUGAUUUUGGCUGUUUACUCUGCAUUUUCUAAACUCUAGGCUAGUCUAAAGCCAAAUAAAAGCAGCUAUAAUUAGCAUUAAGCCAUAUGUGAAAUUAUUCGCCUAAGAACACCCCAGUUUACACUUAAAUCAGGCCCAAAUUGGUUAGGAUCUGACUGAGCAUGCUCCACAAUAUCCACAGCAGGCUUUGGAAGUCAAACAACAUAAAUGGGGACCACAUCAGGCCCGCCACAGCAUCCCAUCCGGCCCCAAGAAGAUGACCAAAUUUAGAAAAUGUGCAGAGGAAAAUAUGGUGUGGUAUUUAGGGUAAGUUAUUUAAAAAAAAAUCCCUGUAAACUUUAAAACAUUGGUGGUUAAUGUUUGAUCCAUUUUACAGAAAUCUAACCGUCAGUCAUAAAUAGUGAAUAGGAUGCAUGUUAGACACAUACCCAUUAGUCCGUUCUUGGUUAAAGCUGCUGUUUUUCACAUCAACUUUCCACUUUAGGGACUGCCAGAGAACCAAAUCACAACACAGCAUUUUAGCAUCAAAUCCAGUGGUGGACAACAUACCAGCCCCUGAAAUAUGUAGCCACAAUAUCACAAUCGCCCCCUAGUGGCAGUUGCAGGUGAGGCGAUAAGGACUGAUCUCACUGAUAAAGGCAAAAAAUUAUUUAAAGGUUUGGAGAAAAAUUUUUUUUUAAAAUGAUGUAUUCAUUGGACCAAAAUGUUUUUUCAAUUUUAGUUUUUGUGAAGUCCGGCCCCUUUGGCAUCUUCCAAGAAAAGAGCUAGCCCUUGAACAACUGUAGUUGAUGAACCCUGAUCUAGAGGCAUAGAGUAUGCUCUAAAUGUACUGAGCUGUACGUUGUUCCACUAUAAAAGUUAGCAUGGUCAGCCACGAGAAGGAGGUCCAUAGUAAGUAGCUGAAAGAGUGCAUGUCCCCUCCUACCAUGGCGAAGUCGAACAUACCUCUGUAAAUUAAUCAGUUCUUUCCUGGUGCUUGUCAACUGAGGUAUGGAGAUUAGCCCAGUUAGACUGACUGUUUCAACCAGGUUUAGCUGUUGGACUGAUUUCCGUUCUGGUGUGCAGCCUGAAUCGGUUCUUAAUCCUUUUAUUGUUGUUAAACAUGAGCUGAGAACAACAAACCCAGAGGGAGUUGGACUUCUCCCUUUUGGUGUAUUUUAUCAGGAUAAUGUGAUGAAAUGUUUCAAGUGUGGCAGAUUAUACCUUUAACCAAUGAGUGCAGGAGGACUAAUCAUUAUCCAAUCAAUGCCAGGGGCGGGGGUCAGUCAUGCUAGCACGUAUUCAGCCAAGAUCAUCAUUCAACAAAAUACAUCCCAACAGAGAAGCUUUUCAGAGGAUAUGAACAAACACUAACAAACUGACUAAAGCUACUACUAUCAUUUAUCUCAAAUGUAGAGGAAUUGCUGAGUUCCUGUGAUCUAAUAUUGACCUAACAUACGAGCUAGCGGAUGCUAACAUUAGCUAACAUUAGCUAGCAUUAGUAAGGCUGCAGCAGAGAAUCCUCUCAGUGUAAAUAAAUAUAAAAAAGCAGCGAUUUACUGAUUUAGUUUGUAAGAGAGAGAGUGUUUUAUUUCACUCAGACAUAGUUACAUAGUCUCACUUUAAAAAAGAAAAAGUAGUGUUUUAAAUUCACUCGACCAGAAUGAGAGCGACUGGAGAAACAGAUGGAUAAUGGAUGGAUGGAUGAUGGAUGGAUGAUGGAUGGAUGGGUUGAUUGGGCCAAGUUGAGAUGAGGGACUUAGGCACGCGACAAGAAAAAGAAGAGAACCUGUACAGCAAUCAUCAUCAUUUAAACAUUACAGCUGAACCUGAGCACCAAACGUGUAGAGAUAUGUCACAGUGUCGCUGGUUGGUUUGUCUUCUCUGCAAAAAAAAUCACUAAAUGGACAAAAGUAUGUGGAAGUCUUCAACAAAAAUCAUCCUCCUUUGGUUUCAGACAUUUUUCAUUGUGUUUUCUUAUUGAAAGACAAGUAAAGUCUUGUUACCUUGGCAUGUUUCGACUGCUUACUUUCUGCCGUUUUCUGAGAAGAAUUACUUGAUCAAAAUUAAAAAAAAAAAGGCUAACAGGAAAAUCUAAAAUCAACCGUAUCAGACCAUAAAAAAGGGAAACCACAUCAUGGAAAACACCAAAAUUAUUCACUCGGAGAGUGACAAGUACAGCCGCUGGACAAGGCCACUCAUGAGGGGGAUUAAGGGGACCCCGCCACAUGGGGCUUCCAUGACGGUAAGCAAAAACAGCAACAAAAAGACACAUUUCCAUUGCUGCAUCAGGAAAUGUAGACUGUCUAAAAAUGUCAAGCCUCUUCCUGAAAAUAGCAUGAGUUUUUUCCCUGUUAUAUUAACAUCACAGGUCUGCCAAACUUUUUGAUCAUUUUUUUGGAUGCCACAGAAAAAAACCCCUAAAAAAACCAGUAAUUAUGAGGAAAAAAUUAAACUAUGAAAGGAGAAAACAGAGCAGGUAGACAGGUCAGAAGGUGUCCUUGCACCCCCUAGUGGUUGCAUUUAUAACAAACUCUAAAUGCAGGCAUACUUGAUUGGAAAGAAAGGUCUAGCAUGGAUAAAAUCCCAGAAAAAGAGCUUUAAUUGGAACAGCUUGUCCACAUACUUAUGUCCAUAAACAGUUUUAUUUAAAUGCCACAGAUAAGAGAAGAUUUUGAAGGAUUGAUUGCAGAUUUAGUGCAAGUAAUCUUGUUUUUUGAAUGACCUGUAUGCAGCCAGCUGCAGAUUCCUCUAUUAGAGGGAUGAUCUGUAUCCAGGUGCUCUAAAAAGUCCUCAUGUUGAUCAAUAUUCCUGCUGAUUCAUCACUAAUACUCACACAAAUAUAACGUGGAAGAUCUUCUUGCAUGCCCCUCAUGUAAGAGCCAGCUUGUCUGCUUGUUGCCUCCCUUUCUUUCAGCGAUCUCUCUCUCUCUCUCUCUCUUUUGUAUAUCCUGUUUAUAUACUGUAUGCUCUCUGGAUCUGGAAGGAUAUACUGACUCUGAUCCCAGCUGUGUAUGUCCAAAUAAAAUCUUUAUAAAUCACCGAUUAUUUAAUUUAACGAUCAGACACGUUUUAGGAUUUAAGGGUGUGCUUGCCACAUUAUCUGCAUGCUUUCUUUUCUCAGACAGAGCACAGCCGUCUCCGAGUGCAGGAUGGACGAGUGUGUGAGUGUGUGAGAGUGUGUGAGGGUCUGGGAGUCGAUCCCACAGCAGCAGAGGUGAUAAAGGUGUGCGGGAAAGUUUGUGUGCUCUGGUGGUCCCUCUCUGUGCAGGGAGGUCUCUGCGGUAACAAAACUCAUCACCUUUUCAUUUCUGUUUUUGUUUUUUGUUUUGGUUCUUUCUGACGCUGUACAGUUGUGGAAAUGUGAUUGUUCUUGUUAUUGUGCAUUUUACCAAUAACUGGUUUAUGAUGAUUCUUGUUGCUGUAUAUGUGUAUUUGAAAAUAAAUGCUAUGAAGUCA